AUGGGUUGGUUUUGGGCAGACACCGCACCCGCUGCACCUGCAGCACGUGUUGCGCCGCAUCCUAUGCCUCGAGGCAGCAUGGAGCCUCCACCAGAAUGUCCAAUGCACAAGAAACCUACAGCGCCCGUGGUCGCCGAAAAGAAGACACCGCAAGGCGCCUGCCCCUACGUCCCGCCUGAAAAUGCCUCUACCGGCGCAUCAGAGCCACCACCAAAGACCGGCUUACUCGCUCGUCUAAACCCUCUCAAUAACAUGUUCGCCGAACUCUCAAACGAGCGAGCUGACACGCAAUCCGUAAACCUCCCUCUCGAGCGCGAAACCUCUACGAUUCCCAAAGGUGACGGUUCACUCUGGGAGUACCCCUCACCCCAGCAAAUGUACAACGCCAUGCUACGCAAAGGCUACACCGACACGGACAUCACAGCCGUUGAGUCCAUGGUUGGCGUACACAACUUUCUCAACGAGGGCGCCUGGGCGGAGAUCAUGGGCUGGGAGCGACGCUUCUCCCGCGGUCUAGUAGAAGGCUAUGAGAUUUGCAAAAAGGGCGAAGACGUCGCAAACUUUAUGCUCGGCACACACGACGACCCCUUUGACACAACAACCUGGGACCAAAAGGAUGUCCAACCCCCGAAACUCCUUCGUUUUACCGGUCGCCCUACGGAACCGACGCCGAAAUCUCAAAUACUGCAGUGGCUCGGUUACGUUAUGCCGGAAAAGUUUGGCACGGCGCCCCCGUUUGAUCGCCAUGAUUGGUUCGUCGAACGCUGCAACGAGAAAGGGUGCAAGGAAAUUAGAUACGUGAUUGAUUACUACGAGGGUGAGCCCGAACCUACGGGCGAGCCAGUCUUCUUCCUCGACGUUAGGCCGGCAGUUGAUGGCCCAACAAGUGCGGCGGAGAGGUUGAUCAGAACGGGCACAGAUGUCUGGUGGAGGGCGUCCGGGGGUGUGGCGAGAGAGUUGAGGAAGUUGGAGGCGGCAAAGAAGCAGAAGGAAGAGGAGCUGGCUGCUAAGAGCAGGCAGUACAAUUAG